GUAUAUAUUCUUCGCAAAUUAAUAUUAUUAUUAUAUUUUUAGUACUGCGAACAACUUUUUUGCUUCUGGUACAAGAAAACGCGUUGUCGCAUCGUUGUCGCGCCACGGUACCGACCGCAACACUACCGCUGAUCUGCCGCCGCUGCUGCCGUUGUUGUUCCUUCGCACUCGAUCGUGUGUACGAGUAUAAAAUUUGUGUUUAAAGCGCAUUUGCACUCACUUUAGUGAUUUUCAUUUUUAUAUUUUUGUUGUUGUUGUUGAAAAUAUACCUACCUUACCUACCUGCUAUUAAAUCACCUCCACACCCUCCAAUCAACCCCUUUGUUCGGAUAACCUAUAGAACAGCUGAAUAUAUUUAUAUUUUUUAUUUUUAUUCGCACGUAGAAUCAGAAUGUCGAUAGCCUCGGCUUGGACCAUAUAAAUAAAGAAUUUCCACCGUCUCUCGGAUUACUAGUUUAAUGUUCUAAACGUGCAAUUGCGCGCGAACCUAUCUCUCUACCUGUGCAUUUAAUUAUUGCGAAUAACGUGCGUUUUAACGCUAAUAUUUUGUAUUUCUUUUUAUUUGUGUGAAAUAAUAAAACAAAAAUAUUGUCACGAACGAAGAAUUUCCUGACAAAUAAAAAGUGACUGAUCUUUCAAGUGAUCUUCGGCGAGUGUCCUUGUUGUGCGAGAGAAUAAUAAAUAAUAUAAUAAAAAGUUUAAAUAUUUAAAUUCGCAUGAAAAACUUUCUUUGUUACAAUCACAAUGCAAUCUCAUCAAAGUGCCUUCGGUGGGCAAUUCGUAAACGGUCAUAAACGUCGUCCAUCGUUGGGUAAGUCUAUGCCGGUAACAUCGUUGCUAUUGGAUUUUUCCAAUCCAUCAACGGUGAAAGAUUAUUCGAGCUUGUCCAAGGACGGUCUAUCGCCGGAAUUUGAACGUCCUCCGUUAUUUUUUAACAUUCGAAAAUCGAACAGUGACAGUGAAGGCAGCAGUGAAACCAUAGAUGAGAAUUUAGAAAAAAUAAUCGAAGUUCUUGAGGCUCCGCGAAACGAGGAUCAAGUGUCCUUGAAAGGUGACUCAAAGACUAAAGCUCCCUGUUUAAAUUGUCAUAGUGCGUCUGAUGUUGACGAUAACCCGCUGAAAGAGUUGUGCAAGAAACUUUGCUCUAAAGAGUGUUGUGAAAUGCCACAAAUCCCACCUCUCGAACUACCUGUUGAGAACAUGCGUCAACCUCAACUUCUCAGACCACCUUCAAGAAUUGAUUUACAACGCCAACAAUUUCUCACUAAAAUGUUGGGCUUAAAUGACGGCGACGACGAUGACGUUGAAAAUAAUUCGUCCACCACUAACAACAACGUCCCUGAGCUGGUUGAGAUAGUCGCAGAUAUAAUUGAUAAUAAUUCAACAUCUGGCAGUGCAAAAGACGACGACGACGACGACGUCAGCGGCACAGACACUGUUGACCGGCAACAUCCGUCAUCGCUAUGGUCAGCAGCUUCGCCUCAAGAAAGUGCAAUGCUGAAGGAUUUUCGUGAAAAGUUCGCCAUUGCGGAAGCACUAGCAAAAACCUCAGCAAUGACCUCGCCGGCAGUUAAGAGACGCUUGGCCGCUCGCCGCGUUGAAAUGGAACUGGACUGUGAGGAGAACAAAAAUCGUCAUCACUGUUGUCUGGCAGAGUCGGGAGCACAUUCACAUUCACAUGGUGCACCAAAUGAAUCUAAAAUUGAAAACGGAAGUGAAUAUGAACCACCACGGGACCUGCUGUUGUAUCUUGUGAGGAUGGGAUCAUUUAAUUCGGCACCAAAAAUAAAUAAUAUCGAUUCCCAAGAUGAUAGUCUUGAAGUGCCACAAGGAUUGAGUACCAGUGAAUUGUUGCAGCAUAUAAAACACUUACGUGGUGAGAAUCAACCACAAUUGCUAACUAGAUAUUUUGUGAAACAGUCAAUUACACCAUCAUUGGUUUCGAAUGAUAUUACCGACAAUUUGAGCUUCCUUAAGUUAAAUUCAAUUUCAAAAGUGUGCAGCGCCCCAAUAAGUGCACCAAAUCACAUCCGAUUAUUUCAAUGGAAUAUUUUAUCACAAACUUUGGGACAGAAUAAUGAUGGAUUUGUGCGGUGUCCGGAAGAGGCUUUGACGUGGGAUCACCGAAAAUAUCUUAUAGUACAAGAAAUCUUACAAAAUAACCCGGAUGUCAUUUGUUUACAGGAAGUCGAUCAUUUCAAAUUUCUGGAGAAUGUCCUCGGCUCACAGAACUAUGGUGGCAUAUUCUUCCCAAAGCCCGAUUCGCCAUGUUUGUAUAUUGAGCAAAAUAAUGGACCCGAUGGAUGUGCCAUUUUCUACAAACGUGACAAAUUCGAGUUGAAGAACUUCGAAACUCAUGUUCUCGAAGUUUGGCGUGUUCAAAGCAAUCAAGUAGCAAUUGCUGCAACCUUGGAAAUCAAAGCAACCGGCAAAGAGAUUGUUGUAUGCACAACUCAUCUUAAAGCUCGUCAUGGUUCAUUGUUAUCGAAGCUACGUAAUGAACAAGGAAAAGAUCUUGUACGUUUUGUUAAGAAUUUCGCCGGAAAACGUCCAAUUAUGAUUUGUGGCGAUUUCAAUGCAGAACCAAUUGAACCAGUUUACUCAACAAUCCUAAGUAGCGAAGGCUUAAAUCUGUCAAGUGGUUAUGCGGACAUUAAGAAAGAAUUAGAUAGUCUGGAUUCGAAUGAGAAGAGUGAAAACAGUGAAGAAAUCAUGGCUGUCGAAAACUAUGCUGAGACAUUGGCCAAUUGUGAACCUCCUUACACCACAUGGAAAAUUCGGGAAGAAGGAGAAGUUUGUCAUACCAUUGAUUAUGUCUUCUACUCUAAAGAUUAUCUCAAGGUGAAAAAUUGUUUAGAAUUUCCACAAGGUGAUGAAAUUGGUAAAAACCGUACACCGAGCUAUCAGUAUCCCUCCGAUCAUUUCUCCUUGGUCUGUGACUUUGAACUGCUGGCCACUUCCAACCAAAACUAAACUAACAGAAAAAAACGACAGCAAAGAUUCAGGGGUGAAGGCUUUGCAGAGUUUCUUCGAUAAGAUUGGAUUCUAAAAAUUCAAAUUUAUUGAAAUCCAAUUAUAUUGUGAUAUUAGUUAUUAGAUAUUCAUAACAACAAACAGUCAGAUAAGAAAUAUAAAAAAUAAUAUACAAAAUCUAUAAUUUUUCUAAUCAAAAAUUUGAUCAUCUCCAAUAAAAAUAAUAAAUGUGUUUUCUUAUUUUUAAGUAACAAAAACUAAAUUAAUGUAAACAAAAAUGUUGUAUUUUUAAAAUUUAGCAUAACACACUGACAAUUUAAAGAAAAAAAGAAACUUUAAAAAACUAAACAUCACUCAAUUAAGAAGCAAACAUUAUUAAUAGCAAUUGUUAAAGAACACACACAAACACACAAACACACAAACACAAACAUAUAAUGUUAAUUUAUUUUUCUAAGUAUUUUUAUUUUAAUGAAAUUAACAAAUUUUUGAUAAAACAUGUUUCAAUAAAAUUGGUAUGGCAUUCUUAUAAAUAUAAA